UAUAAAUUCAAAACAGGAGGAAUGCAAGAUUUUAAUUAUGUGUACAGCAACUGUUUUGAGAUAACUCUGGAAUUGUCCUGCUGUAAAUAUCCAUUUGCUGAAAAAUUAGCUUCUGAAUGGGAAAAUAACAAGAAUGCUCUUCUCUCUUAUAUGGAAAAGAUUCAUAUGGGAGUAAAAGGAAUUGUAACAGACUCCAAAACAGGAAAAGGCAUCGAAAGAGCAUUUGUAAUGGUAGAUGGUAUUGAUCACAACAUCACUACGACAGAAAGGGGAGAAUUCUGGCGUUUACUUCUUCCUGGUUCCUAUGUUAUAACAAUUCAAGCUUAUAGUUAUCGUUUUCAAAAGAAGAGAGUAACUGUUGAAGAAGGAGUUGUGUCUCAAUUGAAUUUUUCUAUGGAGAGUGAUUUGAUAAAUAAAUCAAAUUCUGCAGUAAAUGAUGAUAAUCCAAUAUUUACUACCACCAUUAACACAAAUUCUUCAGAAUUUACAACACCGAUAAUUCAGAAUAAUACACUAGUAAUUGAUGAUGAUUUUAUAAAUCCUCCCAAAUUUCAAUAUCAUAACUAUACUGAAUUGGUAGAAUUUUUAAAUAAUAUUUCAAAAAAUUUUCCUCACAUCACAAGACUCUAUAGUAUUGGUUUAUCUGUAGAAGGAAGAGAAUUAUUUGUGUUGGAAAUCACAGAUAACCCUGGAAUGCAUGAACCAGGUAAAACUAUUAGUUAUCGUUUUCAAAAGAAGAGAGUAACUGUUGAAGAAGGAGUUGUGUCUCAAUUGAAUUUUUCUAUGGAGAGUGAUUUGAUAAAUAAAUCAAAUUCUGCAGUAAAUGAUGAUAAUCCAAUAUUUACUACCACCAUUAACACAAAUUCUUCAGAAUUUACAACACCGAUAAUUCAGAAUAAUACACUAGUAAUUGAUGAUGAUUUUAUAAAUCCUCCCAAAUUUCAAUAUCAUAACUAUACUGAAUUGGUAGAAUUUUUAAAUAAUAUUUCAAAAAAUUUUCCUCACAUCACAAGACUCUAUAGUAUUGGUUUAUCUGUAGAAGGAAGAGAAUUAUUUGUGUUGGAAAUCACAGAUAACCCUGGAAUGCAUGAACCAGGAGAACCUGAGUUUAAAUAUGUUGCAAAUAUGCACGGAAAUGAAGUGGUUGGAAGGGAAAUGCUACUUUUACUUGCUAAAUUACUUACGGAAGGGUAUCAGCGAAUUCCACGAAUUACUUCCUUGGUUGAUAAUACUAGAAUUCACAUCCUCCCAACUAUGAAUCCUGAUGGUUAUGAAAAAGCUAAAGAAGGUGAUUUUGAUGGAACUGUGGGCAGAGAAAACAGCCAUGGUGUCGACUUGAAUCGAAAUUUUCCAGAUCAGUUUCAUUUAACUUUAAUUAAUAAAAAACAGGAACCUGAAACUGUAGCAGUUAUGACAUGGAUUAAAAGCUAUCCUUUUGUGUUGUCAGCAAAUUUGCAUGGUGGUUCAUUAGUGGCAAAUUAUCCUUAUGAUGACAAUCCAACAAAUACAGAUAAAGUUUAUAGUAAAAGUCCUGAUGAUAAAGUUUUUAUAGAACUUGCAUCUGCAUUUUCAAAUAAUCAUCUUACAAUGCAUCUUGGAAAAUCUUGUAGUCAAUAUGGAUUAUUGGGAGAAAGGUUUGAAAAUGGAAUUACGAAUGGAGCUGCAUGGUAUAGUGUUCCAGAACUCCAAGAUUCAUACAUCCAAACAUUAGAAUACAUUUUAGAGAGUACCAGUUUCAUUACCAAGAUUUUUGAUAAAUAUUGUAGAAAUAAAGUAUGUAAUCAAGAAUGCAUUUCGUUUUUAUACUUUUAUCUGAAGAUUUCAUGGAAAAUUAUUCCAUUGUCAAAAUUCACAAAUAAUUAUAUUGCUUUGUUCAUAAUAUUAUCAGUAUUUAUCUUGCAAACAUUUGUUCAUACAGGUGUUCAUGGAUUUGUUUUUAAUGAAUAUGGUACUCCAUUGUCAAAUGCAACAAUUCAAGUUGAAGGUAUAAAUCAUGAUGUGAUUACUGCUCAGGAUGGUGAUUAUUGGCGCCUCUUAGCACCUGGAACAUAUACUUUGAAAGCUAAACAUUUUGGAUUUUCUUCUUGGGAGAAAAAAGUUACCAUUAUUAAAAAUAAGGGAAUCCAAGUGAAUUUUACAAUUGAAACCAAUAUUCCUUCUUGGUCAAAAAGUAAUGACUUUGGAAUAACCGAAAAUAUACAAGAAAAAUAUCUAGAUAAUGAUGAAUUGCAUUCUGUUAUGAGAACAAUUGCAAUGGAUAAUGAAGAUAUUGUGAGAAGUGUAAUUAAUAAUGGAUCUAAUAAUAUAAUUGUACACUGCCUUGUAUUUUCUUCUCAGGUGUGUUUUAAUAUUUUGUUUGCAAUCAUGUUUUCUAAAUUAUUUUCUUCUUGGGAGAAAAAAGUUACCAUUAUUAAAAAUAAGGGAAUCCAAGUGAAUUUUACAAUUGAAACCAAUAUUCCUUCUUGGUCAAAAAGUAAUGACUUUGGAAUAACCGAAAAUAUACAAGAAAAAUAUCUAGAUAAUGAUGAAUUGCAUUCUGUUAUGAGAACAAUUGCAAUGGAUAAUGAAGAUAUUGUGAGAAGUGUAAUUAAUAAUGGAUCUAAUAAUAUAAUUGUACACUGCCUUGUAUUUUCUUCUCAGGAACAUAAAUUCGACAUUCCUAAGAUAGCGUUAAUAGGAGGAUUGCAUGGAGAUCAGCCUGUGGGUCGUGAAAUGUUGCUGAGGCUGAUUCGUCAUCUUCUCAGAGGUUAUAGAAUGGGUGAUAAAAGAAUAAAAAAUUUACUGGAAACAGUUUCAAUACAUAUUUUUCCAAGUAUUGAUGAUAAAGGAUUUACUGUGUCAGUUCCUGGAGAAUGCAGAAGUACUUCUGAUUCAGCUUUAGAUAUUUCAAAUAAAUUUAGUAAGGAAUAUGAUCAAAUGUUUGCUUCUGUUGAAAUUUUGAAGGGAUAUCUGGAUGCUUACCAGUACACCAGUCUUCUUUCUAUAGAAAGCAAUGGUUUAUCUAUUCAAUCUCCAACCCUACCUAUUGAGAAGGGUCUACAUGAGCUCCUUAAAGGCCAUUUGAAAGAUUAUAACUACGCCGUUUCGAACACGCGGGAACUCAUCACUAAAUUGCAGAAUAUCGCUCUGAAGGAUCAGGAAUUUAUUACAGUUCUCGACUUUGAAGCUAUGUAUCCUUCCAUUAAAUUGGAACCGUGCUUCUGUGCCCUUAGAGAUUUCCUUUUCCAAGCCUCUCCACCUGGAUACCACAAGCAGGUGUUGGAGCUGGCCCACCUUAUGUGCUACACCUCAUUCUUCACCUUCAACCAACGAAUCUAUCUUCAAGAAAGGGGAGUACCUAUGGGUAGCCCCCUCUCUGGAGACCUCUGCGAAUUAAUUGUAAGAAAACUGGAUAACCAAGUAUUACAGUCCUUCAACGCGGAAAUCGUUCUCUAUAUGCACUAUGUUGAUGACAUUCUUAUCAUUUGGAAGUCCAAGCUGGAUCUGAACACCGUUCUUCAGAUUGUGAACAACAACCCUUUUGGACUUAAGCUUAAAUUAGACCAGCAGGAUGACAGGAUGGCCCACUUCCUGGACCUCAAUAUCCUCUUGGAUCAUGGCUGCAUAGCUACUAGUGUGUUCCAUAAGCCUAAUCUUCAAUCUUUCUUUAUCCCUGCAACCUCGAAUGACCCCUUUACUUACAAAAUGUCCGCUUUCAGGGCUCUUAUCCGCAGAGCUUUUACCCAUUGCUCUAGCAUUAACGACGCGCUACGAGAAAUCCAACGCAUCAAGCGCAUCGCCGCAGCCCACAGUUUCAGCAUUAAAUUCUUACAUUCUACUAAUUCAGGAAUUAGAGGCCAACUAUUUGAUCAAUCAGGAAUUAUUAUAAAGGACUUUCAAGUGAAUUUUCAUAGGAAAGACAUUCGUAUUAAUACAGAUUCAGAAAGAGGAAUGUUUGGGGCAUUGCUUCCUGUUGGAAAAUAUACAAUUUAUGUUACUGCUCCCGGAUAUGAAAUUAAGACCAUUUUUAUUGAAGUAGCCAAUAAACAACUAGUGAAAUUAAGUAUUAUUCUAGAUCCUUUAGAAGCAAAACUGGAAUAUCAUAAUUAUUCAGAAUUAGUCAAUGUAAUGCAUAGUUUAUCAUCAUUAAAUCCUUCUAUAACAAAUAUUUACAGUAUUGGACAAACUAAGCAGAAAAGGGAUAUAUGGGUUCUGGAAAUUGGCACACCACCGCAAAAGCAUUUACUGGGACGACCUGAAAUUAUGUAUAGUGCUGGUCUGCAUGGAAAUGAAAUCAUUACAACUGAAUUACUUCUACAGUUUGCCACUUUCAUUUUGAUGCAUUAUGGUAAAGAUACAACUAUUACAAAUUUAGUGAAAUCUACAAGAAUCCAUAUUGCUCCUUUGUUAAAUCCAGAUGGAGCAGUAGCAGCAAUACGAAACAAUUGCUAUAGCAAAAUGGGAAUGUUAAAUAGUAAUGGCAUUGAUCUGGAUACUACAUUUUUUGAUUCAAGAGAAGUUAUCAUCCAAAGUGAAACAGAAGCAAUUAAACAAUGGAUAAAGAAUGUACCCUUUUUAUUAUCUGUGUCAUUGUUUUCGGGCAAUUUGGUCACUGCUUAUCCAUUUCGGAAAGAUAAAGAAAAGCAGUUAACAGUAAUUGAGAGAUCUAUAUUCCAUCAGUUAGCCUCUACCUAUGCAAAAACACAUGUAAGGAUGCAUUUUGGAAAUACGUCUUGCAGAAAUUCAGAAACUUUUCCAAAUGGAGUUACUUCUGCUGCUAACUUACAUCCACAUAAUGGAAGUUUUCUGGACUACAUGUAUGAAAAGGCCCGUAUUUAUGGAUUAGAAGUGUAUGUAGACUGUUGUGGAUCAACUGAUUCUUCUAAUUUAUAUAAGAUAUGGAGUGAGCAUAAACCAGCAUUGAUAGAAAUGUUAAACCAAGCACACAGAGGCAUUCACGGUUUCAUAAAUGCAAAAAUUGGAAUUUCUAUUUCUGGAGCCACUAUUUCCAUCGAGGGAGUAAAUGACUCCACCAUCUACAGCAAUAAAUACGGAGAUUAUUGGUAUCCUCUCGGAGAAGGAGAAUACACAAUUACGGUGAAAUCCGAAGGCUAUUUUCCUGUCACAAAGGUGGUAAAGGUUUAUUCGGGAAGAGCAAUGAGGGUCGAUUUUGUGCUGGAAGAAAAUUCUCGGAUUGCUGGAAUUCCUCGUCAUGUGUUUGUCAUUGCCACAGGCACUGUGGUCCUGCUGCUCAUGGUUGGCACCCUGUGCGUGUAUGGUCUGAUUAUCCCGAAGAGGACGAGAAGUUAUAAAUUUCACAGACUGGAUGGUAGUUCUGGUCUGUUCGACGAGGAAGGGAAAGACGAUCUUGAUCCCGCUUCUAGAAAAUUCCUUUUGAGGGGAAGUGAAUACCGUGACGACAGCAGUUCCGAAGAUGAACUGUACAACACUUAUAGAUGGCAAAACAAAAAGAGGAAAUCCAAAUCAUGAAAAACUGCUUUUCAAUUCAAAAGUAUUAUGCAGCAAGUGGAAUAACUAAAUUUUAUAUGAAAAACCAUAUCAAAUUUUUAAUCAGCCAUAAACAAAACAAAACUGUAUAAUGAGAAUUCUGAAUUGAUUAUUUAAACUAUUAUAUGACUAAUCCUAACAGAAAAGUUCUUACACAGUAACUGAUGAAAUGCAUCAAUCUUCAAAAGUCUUGUUAAGAAAUACUCAAUCAAAAUGAAUUUCAACCAUUGUCUGGGAAAGAUUAUGUGAAGAAUGCAAAAGGAGCAUAAUUCUAUCUAGUCAAUAUAAGCUCAAUUGUUAUAAAAGUAAUUUUUAACGUAUUUAACAAAAAUUUAAUAUAUUAAAUCACUUUUAUAUUAUAUUGAUGUCAUAAGCAUAUGAGAAAAGAUCAUCUCUUGGGCAAUUAUAUAAAUUUAAUAUCAGACAAAAAUAGUUUUAUGUUUACUAGCAAUGAUGCCAUUUUCUAGGGAAGUCUAUGCAAACAAAGACAGUUUGCAAUAGCUAAUUUUCACAGAUUAAUUAAUUAAUAUAACAGAAUCCCUCUCGGGCAACCUUUUGCAAUUCUCAUAAAGCCUGUUGUUUAAGAGGAACAUUGUCAAAUAAGAGACAGAUGUGCAGUAAUACAGUAAAGAAAAACUAUAACAGUCACUUUCUCCCUCAAAAUCUUAUUGCACAGAUAGUCUACUAUCUAUGCACUAGUAUAUAAUCAAUUAACUACAGUGGGUGAUCAGUUAACAAUCACUUUUGCAAAAGAUUUUUAUGUUCAGACAACGAACACCUCACAGAAACACAAGAAGAAGCAUCAUAAAAUAAUGAAUACCGAGUGGUUUUACCUUGUCUUCAGGCAGCAAUUCAGAACUUUUCGGAGCACAGGAAAUGUUGACAUUGAUGCUCAACCAAGUGUAUACUGAUUGGAUAGUAUUCCUCCAAACUUUGAAAUGCUCCCUUGUAAUUCCAACUUUUUAUUUUCUUACAGAAACAAUUCUUUUAUAGUAUUCUCAAAACUGUCAGGCAGGCACUCAUUAAAUUUUGCAUCUGUUUUUAUUUUCAAAAGGUGAAAGUAUAAUUGUAAAAUAUAGAGAGUGGGCAGAUGUCUGAUGCUGCUGAGCAGUAUGGCUCGAACAGUCUACAGUAGGCCAUACUUCAAUCUUAUCUAAGAAAUGCAUUAUCAAGAAGACUCAAGCAACUAAAGGAGUAACAAAAAUCACAUCUGAGAAAUAAAGAACAUUGAAGAGCUUAUAAAGGAAACUAAUCUGACAAUAGAAGAACACCAAGAAACUUGGCAAGAUAUGUUUUCUUCUGAAAAAGAGGAUUAAUGCCAAUAUCUACUAUUAAAAAUCAUUUGAGGAAGUGGGAGGAUGUCAGAACAAUGGUCUUAGAAUGGCAU